GCAUUACCCACUUGUUUUGCAUGCUCUGCCCCGAUAUUCCGAUCCCCGAAGUUGCCGAUUUCUUAAAUCAUUUCUUCCUCUCGGUUCGAGCGAGGCGGAGACAGAGAGACCCAUCGACGCGUUCUCUCGUGGCUCCUUUGUUUGUUUUGCCUCUCUCUCUCGGCCGUCCCCCCAUUGCCAGCUCUUUGUAUCUCCUCGACCGGCUUGAGUCUUCAGAUUGAUAGAGAAUAGAAACAAAACGAAUAAAGAAACGAUUUUGACGAAAACCCAUCGGCUCGUCCAACUUCCCCUGCAGAAAUUUCCACGUAUCGUCUCGGUUUCUGAUCCCGUCUCGGCGCCGAGCUCGGCUUUUCUUUUUCCUUUGGAGAUCCUCCGUGUUCCCGAUGGACGACGUCUGAGGGGUCCGAGUUCUUUCCGACCCAAGAAUCGGAAUGUCGAUCGGAAAUGCGGAUUUCUAGGGUUCUUUUAAUUCCCAGUUUCCAGAGUCGAGAUUGCUUUGAUUGGUUGGGAUUGACAGAUGCAAGGUGAAUCUCCGAUGUCCCCUCCGGCUGAUCAGGAUCCCCCGGCCGAGUGUCCCGGCCGCGAUUGGCCUCCGGCGGCGGCCCCUAAAGGAGAGCAGUUGGAGGAGGAGCAGUGGCGCGUCGGAGGCGGGUCUCCGGGCACUCCGCAGCUUCAGCAGCUGCCCUUGCCGCAGCCGGGGGGCCCGAGGCACGCGCCCAAGUACUCGGUGGUGGACACGGUGAUAGAGGAAGAGGAUGACGGGCCGGGGCCGAGGUGUGGGCAUACAUUGACCGCGGUUGCCGCGGUCGGAGAAGAGGGCUCGGCGGGUUAUGUGGGACCGAGGCUGAUAAUGUUUGGGGGAGCCACUUCACUUGAGGGUAAUCCUGCAGCUUCGGGGCCUCCAUCAUCCCCUGGAGGUGGAGGUGCUGGAAUCAGACUAGCAGGUGCCGCUGCUGAUGUUCACUGUUACGAUAUCUUGACAAAUAAAUGGUCCAAGAUCACUCCUCUCGGAGAGCCACCAACACCAAGGGCUGCUCAUGUUGCCACUGCGGUGGGAACAAUGGUAGUUAUUCAGGGAGGCAUUGGUCCAGAUGGCCUGUCAGCCGAGGAUCUCCAUGUUCUUGACCUCACUCAUCACCGACCACGAUGGCAAAGAGUUGCUACUCAAGGCCCCGGUCCUGGUCCUCGUUAUGGUCAUGUAAUGGCUCUGGUGGGCCAAAGGUAUCUCAUGGCAAUUGGUGGAACUGAUGGGAAACGAAUUUUGGCUGAUGUAUGGGCACUGGACACAGCUGCCAAACCCUACGAAUGGCGUAAGUUGGAGCCAGAAGGGGAGGGUCCGCCUCCAUGCACGUAUGCAACGGCAAGUGCACGGUCUGAUGGUCUUCUUCUACUUUGUGGAGGGCGGGAUGCCAGUGGUGUUCCAUUAGCAAGUGCCUACGGGCUUGCCAAGCAUAGAGAUGGACGAUGGGAAUGGGCAAUUGCUCCUGGUGUUUCACCAUCUCCUAGAUAUCAACAUGCAGCGGCCUUUGUUAAUGCACGACUUCAUGUGUCUGGUGGGUCACUUGGUGGCGGACGCAUGGUUGAAGACUCAUCAAGCAUUGCAGUGUUGGAUACUGCAGCAGGUGUUUGGUGUGAUACAAUGUCUGUUGUUACCAGCCCUAGAACAGGAAGAUAUGCAGUUGAUGCAGCUGGUGGGGAUGCUGCAGUUCAUCUGAUGAGGCGUUGCAGGCAUGCGGCUGCUGCUAUUGGUGACUUAAUAUAUGUAUACGGUGGUUUACGCGGUGGGGUUUUACUUGAUGACCUGCUUGUUGCUGAAGACCUAGCUGCUGCAGAUACAGCAACAGCAGUUUCACAUGCUCCAGCUGCAACUGAAAAUGAUGAUAUGUACACUGACAGGAAGAUUGACCAUGCCAUGUUAUCGGGCUCCUGGAGGUUGAACAAGGGAGUUGAGUAUUUGGUUGAAGCAUCAGCGGCAGAAGCUGAGGCUAUCAGUGCUACCUUAGCUGCUGCUAAAGCACGGCAAGCUAAUGGAAAUGUUGAAUUGCCAGUUAGGGAUCGAGGGGCAGAGGCUACCUCCAUCGAAAAGCAGGUUGUUUUACCUUCAGAGGCUAAAGGAGCUCUUGGUAGUACUGUCAAAGAAUUUCCAGUAGAUCAGUUUGAAAACGAAGGCAGGCAGAUUCCAGUGAACACAAAUGCAGCAAGGAAAUUAUUUGAUGUUCAGAUGUCCUUCAAAAAUGUGCCUAAAAAGGUCAUUGCACAUCUUUUGAAGCCUCGUGGAUGGAAGCCUCCGGUUUGCCGGCAAUUUUUCUUAGAUUGCAAUGAAAUAGAAGAUCUCUGUGACUGCGCUGAGAGAAUAUUUUCUGCUGAACCGAGUGUCUUACAGCUAAAGGCUCCGGUGAAGAUAUUCGGUGAUCUUCAUGGACAAUUUGGGGAUCUGAUGCGCCUAUUUGAUGAAUACGGUUCCCCUUCUGCAGCUGGGGACAUUGCAUACAUUGAUUAUCUCUUCUUGGGAGACUAUGUUGAUCGUGGGCAACACAGUCUGGAGACAAUUACUCUUCUGCUUGCGUUGAAGGUUGAGUAUCCGGAGAAUAUACAUCUAAUUCGUGGCAACCAUGAAGCUGCAGAUAUUAAUGCCCUUUUUGGCUUCAGGAUCGAGUGCAUUGAGCGCCUGGGUGAAAGAGACGGAAUUUGGGCGUGGCAUCGGAUAAAUCGCUUAUUUAACUGGCUUCCUCUGGCAGCCCUUAUUGAAAACAAAAUCCUUUGUAUGCAUGGUGGUAUUGGCCGUUCCAUAAAUUAUGUUGAGCAAAUUGAAAAUAUUCCCCGGCCAAUAACCAUGGAAGCGGGUUCAAUCCUUCUCAUGGAUCUGUUAUGGUCUGAUCCCACGGAAAAUGAUGGUGUCGAAGGACUUAGGCCAAAUGCCAGAGGUCCAGGGUUGGUCACUUUUGGGCCGGAUCGCGUGAUGGAGUUUUGCAACAACAAUGAUCUCGAGUUGAUUGUACGUGCUCACGAAUGCGUGAUGGAUGGCUUUGAGCGUUUCGCCCAAGGUCACCUAAUUACAUUAUUCUCAGCUACUAAUUACUGCGGUACCGCAAAUAAUGCUGGGGCCAUCCUAGUACUGGGCAGAGAUCUAGUCGUGGUCCCUAAGCUUAUCCAUCCUCUGCCACCAGCGAGUUCAUUCCCAGAAUCAUCAGCCGAAUGCCAGACCGAAGAUACGUGGAUGCAGGAGCUUAAUGCUAACAGACCUCCUACACCAACUAGAGGGCGUCCACAACCGCAAGUAACCAAAGAUCGGGGCCCUGUAGCUUGGGUAUGAUGGAUAUUAUAUCGUACACUUACACCAGAUCUAGGCAGUCGGGUUUCCUCCAAAUUGCCAAGACGUGAAGAGAGCCAGGUCCAAGCUCCUGCUCCAGCCAGGUGUGCGAGGCAUGGGGUGCACAUACAUCAUUUGUAUAUAUAUCUGUCUUCGACCCCUUGAAUACAGGGGUGUUUCUGAAUAGCACUUUUAGGACAUGAUCAAGUGACCGCAAGGAGACGACAUGUGGAAACCUUCGACUGGGGAAAGAUCUGACAAAAAUCUGCGACCUCAGCCUGUAGAAGUCGUAAUUUUUCCUCCUCUCUUUACUACUCGAGGUAAAGGAAGAGUUUCCUUUGUCAGAUUCAUUUGCCUUCUUGUUUGCGUCUGUUUAACCCUUUGUUCGUCGAGAACGUUGACAAGAAGUAUGGUUAUAGUGUCUGUAAGUUGAUAGUAGUCCCCUCGAUAUUUGUCCCAUUCGGACGAUGUAAAUUCUUUGUGAUGUAUCGGGUGGGGGCGGAAUGAGAUGUUGCUCUUUUUGCUGCUAACAAUGAGAGGUCAAGUUUUGCGGUGGA